AACUAAAAAAAAACAUUGUCACUUGAUUUCGUUGAAGGGUGGGUGAUAUACUUACUACUUAAAUUCUCUUCCAAAAAUUAAUAGAUUUACAUAAAUUUUCAGAGUACAAAGUACCUAUUUAUAUCAGUGAAUAGUAUGUGUAUAUAAAAUGCCUCGUACGCAUUAAUUAGAUUAGUUCUAGGCCACAAACUGCAAACAAUGAAUUUCUUACUUGGAUUGUGUUUCGUGUUUUUAACAGCCCUUUCCGCGGUGUUCUCUUCACGCGUGUUGGAGCUGAGUGAUAAAUUCAUUGACAUCAGCAAUGACGGGCUGUGGUUUGUAAAGUUCUACGCACCGUGGUGCGCUCACUGCCGCCGACUGGAGCCGGUGUGGGCACAUGUGGCACAGUCACUCUACAAUUCUCCCAUUAAAGUGGCCAAAGUGGACUGUACCAGAUUUUCAUCUGUGGCCACUCACUUUAAAAUAAGAGCUUAUCCUACUAUUCUAUUUAUAAAGGGAACAUACCAACAUGAAUACACUGGAGAAAGAGUGAAAGAAGAUAUGGUGAACUAUGCAUUGCGUAUGUCUCAAUCAGCUGUUCAGAAAGUGACACAUGCGGAUAGCAUAGGGUAUUUGAAAGAAGCACAUUCUGUAUUCUUUGGAUAUGUGGGCAAGCAACAUGGCCCUCUCUGGGAGAUAUUCACACUACAUGCUGAAAAGUAUCAACCUCACACUUGGUUUUAUGCAAUGUCACAUGAUGUAAUAAAAAAUGAUUUAACACCACCAAAUGAAACUUCUGUGUUUGUUUAUAAAGAAGAUGAGGCAUUUUAUUUUGAUGUAAGCCCUGACUUACUACAGGACAAGGAAGCAUUGAAUGUAACAUUGGACAAAUGGAUUAAUACAGAGAGAUUUGGUUUCUUCCCAAAAAUUACAAGGUCUAAUAUAAAUGAACUGAUGGACACAGAGAAGUACAUUGUGAUUGUUGUUGUCUCGGAAAACAAACUCAGUGAGAUCACUCAGACUGAAAGGGAUUUCAAAGACAUGGUUGAAGGGAUCAUAAAGAAACAGAAACGAGAUCUACACCCACGUUUCCAAUUCGGCUGGAUGGGCUCUCCAGAACUGGCUAACUCUAUAGCCAUGUCAGAAUUGACUGUACCCCACUUGUUGGUGCUCAAUUCUACCACCAGUCAUCACCAUAUGCCAGAUGAUGACCCGGUUUUGAUGACUCCUGAAGCAAUCUCAAUGUUCCUCGAACAGAUACAUAAUCAACAAGCCCCAGCUUAUGGAGGUAACAACUGGCUUGUCCGGCUUUACAGAGGAUUUUUCGAAACCAGAACAACCCUUACAAAUAUGUGGAGAGGGAAUCCAGUGCUGACUGCUCUUGUGUUUGGCUUACCACUAGGAUUUUUAUCUCUAAUCUGUUACUCUGUGUGCUGCGCAGAUAUACUUGAUGCAGAUGAGGAAGAACCAGCAGAAACUCAUGAGAAGAAGGACUAAAAUGGAGAGACCAAAAUUAAUAAAUAUUUUUUCCAUAGAAAUUCAAUUGAGAUGCUAUAGUAGCAUAUUUUGCAUUUAGAAGGGGUAUUUGGGAUUUAAAUCAAGAUAAAUAUUUUGAGAAGUCUUCGGACAUAAGAAAUCUUGUUUAGCUGUUAUUGAAAAACAAAAGCAAAUCUAUCUAGUCACUGGAUUUGAACAAAUUGACUUCUUUGUACAAUUUUAUUUUUUGUAAAUUAGUAUAAAACAAGGUUUAUUUUUAUUUAGAGAAUUCUAUUAUGCAAACAUAAUAUAUUGUUACCUUGAA